UUAAAAUACCUAAACAUGAUUAUUUCUUUUACUAUAGGUCUCUGGAUUGUGGGAAUUUUUUCACUCAGGACAGCAGAAAGUCAAGAAAAAGAUAAUGGUGAAUCUGAUUCACCAGGCCUAAUGGGACUGACAGGACCCCCUGGGCCACCUGGGCCACCUGGGCCACCUGGGCCUCCUGGGCCAAGGGGUAUUCCUGGGCCUCCAGGUAUUCCAGGACUACCAGGCCCUCCAGGAGUUGUGGGACCACGUGGAAUCCCAGGAAUCUCAGGAAACAAAGGAAUCCCAGGCCCCCCUGGAAUAUGUCAUCAACAACAGACAUCUGCCUUUGUUGUUGAACUGGGGCGAAAUUAUCCAGUCCCCAAUCGUCCCAUUGUGUUUCACAAAAUCCUAUACAAUGAACAGCAACAUUUUGAUAAAGCUUCAGGAAUCUUUACCUGCCAAAUUCCUGGAGUCUAUUUCUUUGGCUACAAUCUAGAGGCAAAGUUUAAUACACAUAUUAUCUUGGUAGAUAAUGGCACUGAGGUGAUAGACUCUUAUCGGAAUGUGGCAGGUGCCUUUGAAAACCUCUCAGCAAGUACGAUCCUAAAGCUGGACAAAGGAAAGAAAGUGUGGUUAGAAGCAAAGCCGUAUUAUAAUGGAAUAACCCAGAAAAGUUACUUUAUGGGCUACCUUAUUUUUCCCUCCUAGAAUCUAGAUAAAUGAGCCAGAUUAUAAUGUUUCGCACAACUGGCCUCAUAAGCAGACUUGCAGAUCAAUUUGUUCUGGUUUUUGGUGUAGGUAAUGGGUUACCUGCUGUCUGAAUUAAAGAAAUGCAUCAGUGUAUCUAGUAGUACAUUUAAGAAGUUUAUGCAAUGUUUAGAGAAUUUUUUAUGGUUUUCAUACAAUUUGAUAAUGAUUGCUGCAUUAUGAUUUGAUAAUAUGAAUAGCAUGGAAAAGGUUGUCAAAACAUUUGCAACCACUGCUUUGAAAUUAAAGAUAGAAAUAUAA